CAUAUAUGUGGUGUUCCCGUACCGAAUCUGUGCUAACCUUGCCGUCUUACACAGCGGACAGGCGUGUCCAGCACGAAUAUGUCGAGCUCACCGGAGCCUAGCUUCGUCAAUGGCCGUACGUCGCCGGAGACGGGGGCGGGCGCGAGAAUAAUCCUUGAUGACCGUGUUAGCGAGAGCGACCUGUCCGAUGUGAAUGAGAAUGCCGCUCUUCCAGAAUCUCCAUCCCCGUCUCCCGCUCACGACGAAUCACCCCGAGAUGUCGACGUCGAGCCAGACCCGGAUUCUCCCGCGGAUGCUGGCUCCAGUGGAAAUGAUGACAAUAAUGCCUCAGAUGAUGCCGACUUUGAUAUGGAGGAUAGCCCCGCUCCUUCGCAGAGUGACGCGCCUCAGGAUGAGAGAUCGACUUCCGAUAGCUCCCGUCGCGUCCCUAAGCGAAAAGUUGGCGUAGAUGAGGACGAAUACAUCCGAGAAAACCCAGAGCUCUAUGGGUUAAGGAGAAGCUCUCGUCCCACGAAGCAGCCAAAAGUUAUCGAGUCUGACGAGGACGAUGAAUCCGACUCGGACGUAGUUCCCACGAACCGUCGAACGAAGAAGCUCCGGGUAGAGCAGGUCUCGCGACAAUCUUCUAAACGAGGUACGCCUGCGAGACAAACGCCCGCUGACGACUCCGAUUCCGAUACCUACGGCGGAGCUCGUGCUCGGACGCUCAUAAAGAAGGCUCGCCGCCAACAGGCCCAACCCCAGUCGAUGCUGUAUGCCGAGAAGCGAUGGUCAAACCGAAGAGCUGCCCAGCAAGUACAGACCUACCACGAAAGCGACAUUGACGAAGAGGAUGAGUCUGAACUCACGCCCAACUACUGGGGCGGCGAGGACCUUGCCGAGGACAAUCGAUACAUCGAAAAGGUGGUCGGUCAUCGAGUCAUAGAUGGCGGCGAGCUAGCUCAGGAUGCUACACGGGAUGAUUUUGAAUACAAUAUCAAAUGGCAGGGAGAGUCCUACCUCCACAAUACGUGGGAUACCCUGGAGACUCUACGUGGAUAUCGCGGAUUCCGCAAACUCGAAAAUUACUAUAAGCGGACCAUCGAGUACGAGAUUGACCUCAAGUUUGCCGGCGAUGACAUACCCCCAGAAACCCGCGAGCAGUACAUGCUCGACAAGGAGCGCGAACAGGAUGCGCUAGAGGACUACACCAAGGUAGAGCGGGUGGUCACUCAGCGAAGCGGCGAGGAAGGCAGGGAAUACUUUGUCAAAUGGAAAGGGUUGACCUACGAACACUGCACGUGGGAACAGGCCUCCACCAUCAGUGCCACCGCUCAGGAUAAAAUUGACCAAUUUCUCGACCGGCAGUCGAGAUCGUGGACGUCAGAUCGAUACGAAUCCAACACCGCGACGCGAGGCAAGUUCUCCAAACUUGAUAAGCAGCCCGACUACAUCAAGGGUGGUGAGCUCAGGGGAUUUCAGCUUACGGGGCUGAACUUCCUCUGCCUAAAUUGGUGCCGUGCGAACAAUGUCAUCCUCGCGGAUGAGAUGGGUCUCGGGAAGACUGUGCAGACUGUCUCGUUCUUGAGCUGGCUACGCAACGAUCGCAAGCAAGAAGGCCCGUUCCUAGUCGUUGCGCCUCUGAGUGUCAUUCCUGCUUGGUGCGAUACCUUCAAUCUGUGGACUCCCGAUCUCAAUUAUGUCGUUUACCUAGGCAACGCCGAGGCGCGCAGCACCAUCCGCGACUAUGAGCUGAUGUUCAACAGCAAUCCCAAGAAACAUAAGUUCAACGUCCUCGUCACGUCGUACGAGUACAUAUUGAUGGACGCAGACUUUUUAAGAUCGAUCAAGUGGCAGGCGCUCGCCGUCGACGAAGCCCAUCGUCUAAAGAAUAAAGAGUCGAAGCUGUAUUCCGAACUGGUGAGCUUCGGCGCCCCGGCCAGAGUCCUGAUCACUGGCACUCCGAUCCAGAACAAUCUGGCCGAAUUAUCGUCGCUUCUAGACUUCCUAAACCCCGGCAAGGUUCACAUCGACGAGGAUCUCGAGACGCUAGCGUCAGUGGAUGCACAAGCGAAGCUUCAAGAUCUUCACGCCUCAAUUGCGCCCUUCAUCUUGAGGAGAACCAAAGAGACGGUCGAAUCAGACCUCCCACCCAAAACUGAGAAGAUAAUUCGAGUGGAGCUAUCGGAUGUCCAGCUCGAGUACUAUAAGAAUAUCCUCACCAGAAAUUACGCUGCUCUUAAUGAAGGGAACAAUGGCCAGAAGUCGUCGCUGUUGAACAUUGUCAUGGAGCUCAAGAAAGUCAGUAACCACCCGUACAUGUUCCCCGGGGCAGAAGAAAAGGUCCUCAAUGGCAGCGAACGGCGCGAAGACCAGAUUAAGGGCCUCAUUGCCAGCAGCGGCAAGAUGAUGCUGCUCGACCAGCUCCUUGCCAAGCUUAAGAAGGACAAUCACCGCGUGUUGAUCUUCAGCCAGAUGGUCAAGGUACUCGAUAUCCUGGGGGAUUAUCUCAGGCUUCGUGGGUAUCAGUUCCAGCGACUCGACGGUACCAUCGGGGCCGGCCCGAGACGUCUGGCGAUAAACCAUUUCAACGCCGAAGAUAGCGCCGAUUUCUGCUUCCUCCUCUCGACGAGAGCCGGAGGUUUGGGCAUCAAUCUGAUGACUGCGGACACCGUCAUCAUCUUUGAUUCCGACUGGAACCCCCAGGCGGAUCUUCAAGCCAUGGCUAGAGCUCACCGUAUCGGCCAGAAAAAACCCGUGACGGUGUACCGUCUUGUCUCCAAGGAGACCAUCGAAGAGGAAGUCCUUGAGCGAGCUCGGAAUAAGCUUUUACUCGAAUACCUUGCGAUCCAGGCCGGUGUUACGGAUGACGGCAAGGCCUUCAGAGAAGAGUUUAAGCAGAAAGGCCUCAGGAUCGAUGAAGCGAAAUCCGCCGAUGACAUCCAGUGGGUUCUGAAAAUGCGAUCUCAGAAGAUGUUCGAGCAGUCUGGAAAUCAGCAACGGCUGGAGCAACUCGACAUCGACUCUAUCUUGGAGAAUGCCGAAGUCACAAAGACCAAGGUCGACGACAAGAUGAACCUCAGCACUGGCGGUAUCGAUUGGGACAAUUUCAUGCAGUACACCGACGUCAAGGUCGAUGAUCUUACCCUGGAUUGGGAUCAGAUUAUACCAGCGGACCAGCUAGCAGCCAUCAAGGCCGAGGAGGAGAAGAAGAAGGAAGAUGAGUAUCUCGCGAGAGAGAUGGAGGCUAACGCCCCACGUCGGGCAGCGCUGAAAAGUUCCAGACCGAACGGUGACUCCGGGAGAGCGGAGCGGAUUGCGAAGAAGCGAGAGCGAGAACAGCAAAAACAGGAAGAACUGGAGGAGCAACGGGCCAUGUUGUCUGAUCCCCGACGACCACUGAACGAGAAGGAGACGCGCAAUCUCAUCAGAGCUUUCAUGCGAUACGGGUUCAUCGAAGAUCGCCCGGACGAGUUACUACGCGACGCCCGCCUCAGCGACCGCGACCGCGACUUUAUAGGUGAAUUGCUCCACGACCUCGUUGCUAUGUCUCGCGAGGCGGUAGAGAGGAACAACGACGAAAUCCGUGCCCAGGAGCAGCAAACCAAGAAGAAGAUGACCAAGAAGGACAUCAAGGCCGUCAUGUUCGAUUUCGGCGAAGUCAAGAAGAUCAACGCCGAAACUAUCCUAGAACGACCGCCGCAGCUGCAACUCCUCCGGCGUGUUAUCAGGGAACUGCCCGAUUUUCGAACAUUCCGCCUGCUGGACGCGACCAAAGCGGCGCAUUACAGUUGCGAAUGGGAAGCUAGAGAGGACGGCAUGCUUCUCGUCGGCAUUGACCGGUACGGCUUUGGUGCGUGGACUCAGAUCCGCGACGACAGAGAAUUGGGGAUGCAGGACAAGUUCUUCCUCGAAGAGCAUCGCAUCGAGAAGAAACAAGAGCGGGAGCAAGCCGAGACCAAAGGCGCCAAGGCUCCUGGCGCCGUCCACCUAGUUCGUCGCGCGGAGUACCUGCUGUCGGUACUGACCUCGGUCCAUUCGGACGAUGUCAAUGCUCAGAAGGCUGUCGAAAAUCAUCACCGCAACAACAAGAAGACAGCUCAUGCGAUGCCUAACGGACAUCGACGGCCAGAAAAGGGCGGGUCUAUCUCAGCUUCGCCAGCUCCCCAGAGCUCCAAGAAACCGUCGCAUCAUCGGGACAGAGAUCACGACCGCUCUCACUCUCGCGGAGACCACCACCGCUCCCGUAGCAGCAUCGGAGACGGUAGCACACCUCGACCCGACACGAAGCGGAAGCACAACGGCGAAGCAGACGAACGCCGUCACAAGCACAGACGAAUCGAGGAGCUUCGCCGGUCUGACAUCAGCCAGCGGCAGGCCGAGGAGGAAGACGACGAACGGAAUGCACCCGUUAUCGAAGCGCUCAUGCAGCCGAUAUGGACACACGUAGAGAAGGUCGAAUCCUGUACUAAGGCGAACAUACCCGUCGCGAAAUCCCGAGCGAAGGUGCUCAAGUCUGAGAUCACGGCGAUCGGGGAUUUCAUCGAGGGCCUGCACAAGACUUCGGGUUUGUCGCUUGAUCAGCUCGAGGAGCUAAAACCGAAACUAUGGUACGUCACGACGAAGCCCACCUUAUUGACAAAUGCUGACUUGUGUGUGUUUCAGGAGGUUCAUUUCUAAGAGAAUUCCGGCAUCCGAGAAGCAAUCCUCUGGCAAACCGGAGAAGGAGCGGGAGAAGUCGCCAUCGCGCAAGUCGGCCCCGGAGAAGCCCGCGUCGCAAUCGACCGGUAUGACUGGGCCGCGACUGGCAGCGUUGUAUCAACAACUCAAGCAAGCCGAGAAGAACGGCGACGCCCCAAAGGCGAAGGGCUCGGACUCAGCUGCCACCAACGGCGGCUCGACCCACGGCGAGUCGACCAAGUCGGCGAAUUAGCGCACAACCUCACCGCCCGUCUCUCCUACCUAGGUCAAGCACGGCGGCUGGACAGGAGGGCCAAUCACGGGCCAAC